CCUCCCACCCUCUCGCAGUCGCAGAUUCCCACCCUCUUCUUCCUCUCGUCUCCUCCUCUCCACACGCGCACGGACGCACUUCCAUGGCCGCCGCCUCCUCCUCGUCCCCUCCUCUCAGCCCCGCUUCCUCGCGCUUUUUACGGACUAUGCGAGCGUGCGUGUGCUAGGGUGGAUCGUGCACACGGAGGCGUUUUGUUGGUGAAGGGAGGAGCUAGCUAGGCUGUGGUGUGGGGUGGAGCUUGCUGGGGUAUGGCCUGCAAGAACGCGAUGAGGAGAACGACGAGCUUGACGGAGGUCGCGCCGCCGUCCGUGCUGGCGGUGGUGUUGGAGGACGAGGACGAGGACGAGCAGGCCAGGACUGUGGUGCAGGCCGAAGAAGGUGGCGCCGACGGGGGGCAGGACUGGCUGGCGGCCCUAGGCGGCGGCAGCGGUGCCCCCGGGACGGACUGGCUCGCGGCGUACCGCGCGCGCGCGGCGCCGGCGCGGGCGGGGCUCCGGCGGAACUCGGCCGACUACUCCAAGGUCGAGACCGCUGCGUUCCUCCGCCACUGCGGCCUCUGCCGCCGCCUCCUCGGCCCCGGCCGCGACACCUUCAUGUACAAGGGCGAGGCGGCCUUCUGCAGCCUCGAGUGCCGGCAGCAGCACAUAACGCACGAGGAGUGGAAGGACAAGUGCACGUCAAGGUCGCCGGCGCCGGCGCCGGCGACCAGCCGCGGCCGCUCCGGCAAGACAGACACCGGCGGCACGGUGGCGGCGGCCUGAUCAGGGCGCACGAGAGGCAGGCAGGCAGGCUAUCAUCUUCCGAAGCUACCAGCUCUAGAAGUUGUCGCUUCUCAGCGCUACGACGCAUGUAUUACUCGUACGCACGUUCGUACGUACGAACGCCUCGAAAACGAAUCGAUCUCUGCAGGCCGUCAGCCACCAGUGGUCGAUCGAUCGACCAUCGCCUCAGUACGACUGCAUAGUUUUUUUUUUAUUAAUCUUAUAAGUAUGUACUUGGAGCUCGAUCGAAUCCGUUUCUGAGAUCGUUCCUUUCUA